GCCAGAAAUGUAAAAAUACCCCAAUUAUUAUCCUAUUUUUCUAAGAAACGUUGAUAUUUGUAGACGUGGGAAAAAUAUAUAUAAUUCUUGAUUAUAUUAUCUUUAAUAACACAGCUUUCGAUACACGAUUCAUAACACUUCGCUCGAUACAAUUUAUUCCCAAAGUAACCUCCAAUUCGAAUUUAUACUCCAACUUUACUUGUUUCUUUACUAUGUGACACUAUGAAACAAAAAAAGGAGAAAAAUCAAUCAUAACUAUAACAAUAAUUUGACAGCUUUAGAAAAACGAUAAUAAGAGGCAAUAUUUUUAAAAUAAAUAAACAUCAACUAAUUCUAUCGUAACAAAAUAUCGACUUCGGCCUGCAUGCUCUAUCUCCGUCCGUCUUUAGAAAUGAGACAGUGAUGGCUGAGCGCUCGUGCCAGACGGACCUGUACUACGUGUCCCCAAAACAAAUAUAAGAUUUACUUAUAAAAACUGUGCUGUGUUGUGUGUCCUAGUGAUAUACCGUGUGCACCAAAACCUUUAAGUUAUAAUGGGUAACAAGCAAUUGAAUAAAAAGAAGACAUCUCGAAAAAGACAACUCGGAAGAUUCCAACAAACAAUGGAACUAACGAAAAGAAGAAAAUUGGAUAAUUUCACAGCCGAACAUGAUACUACAUCUUUAGACUACAUCGAACUGCAAAAUAUGGAAAUGGAAUCUCCGAUUUCAUCAACCACUGACAUUCAAAGUAACGAUGAGGCGACCGGCUCAAACAUUUUGAACCCACGCAUUGCACAGGUGGAUGACACUUAUCGGGUUACUAGUCUAUUAGAGGAAGAAGAUACCCAUGAGUUACAAAUAUCGUUCAAUGUGGAAGAAGGGCUUCCUGACAAAACCGUCGGUCGAAGAAUUGUCGCAGUUAGUUACCAUUCGAUUCGAUUCCUCAGAUUUUAUCCAAUAAAAGAUUGUAUGGAAACUACAUAA